AUGACAAACAACAAAAUCGAGAUCCCUGUCGUCUCCAUGAUCCCCGGCAUCGGUCGAGCUGUGCGCGAACAACUGUCUUCUCCAACGGCUUCGUCCCUCGCAGCCAAACUGUACCAGUCUUCCAAGCUCGAGAUCGUCGACCUGCCUAUGCCAGUUGUCUGUCCCCCCAACGCUCAGCCCAAGGGGUCGUCUAGUAAAGGCCCCGCAACGACCACCCAGUGGAUGCUCGACCCUGACCAGCAGCAAGUCCUGUUCGACGCUGAAGCACUGUUGAUGGACGCCCACGUGGCCGCGCCACUGUUGCUCGCCCCCAAGACGAACCUACCGUUCGAGCUGCAGCACUUGCUGAAGAAGGUGCGAUGGGUGCAAGGCACGUACGCCGGCGUGGACUCCUAUCUUCAGUACCCCGAUGCGCCAGUGCACCCAGGAUUCACUGUCUCACGAGCAGGCGGGGUCAUGCCCACCGCGCUGGCCCAAUUUGUUUUCGGCUACGUCGUUGCGAUUGAGCGCAAGUUCUUUGAGGCGAAGAAGUACCAAGAUCUGCGCGUAUUUGGUCGAUGGGAGCUGAAGUACCGCUCGUACCGUAACCUGACGAUUGGUGUCCUUGGUCUCGGUGAAGUCGGGCAGGAGAUCGGACGCAUGUUCAAGGCGUCAGAAUUCCGGGUGGUAGGGUUCAAGCGUCGUAUCCGGAACGGAGAUAAAAAGAUGCUGGGUUCAAGUGUUGACACCGUGACGACGGAUCUGAGUGAGGUGCUCAAGCAGAGCGACUAUGUGGUAAAUGCGCUGCCUAGCACAAACGCAACCCGGUACUUGCUGACCGAACAAGUGCUUGCGGUUUGCCAUGAGAAGAAGCCGGUGUUCGUCAAUGUGGGUCGUGGCGACGUCAUUUCGGAAAACACGAUCCUUGCCGCUCUUGCCAAGGGCUUGUUUUCGAAAGCCGUGCUGGAUGUGUUCGAGGAGGAACCGCUACCGAAGGAGAGCCCGUUGUGGUCGCACCCAGGGGUGAUUGUAACGCCUCACAUUGCAGGAACGGUUUUUCCAGAGGACGUUGCGGCGGUGUUCGUGAGGAACCUCAAUCUCUGGCUGAAAGGGCAACCUGUUCUGCACCAAAUGGAUUGGUCAAGCGGUUACUAA